CAACAAGAAAAAAAAAUGGAAGGCAUACUGAUCUCAUCGUCGCCACUCAGGUUCCAACCAUCGACGAUCUCAUCGUCGCCACUCAGGUUCCUACCAUCGUCGCCACUCAGGUUCCAACCAUUGACGGAGCUUCCACGGUUUGACAUAAGUAUUCCCAAAAUGAUUUAAAAUCAUGGCUGCUACAUUAUAGUAUAAAAUAAACCCAUGAUUAACUAACCAUAGUGGCACCGUCACCGUCUUUGUACUUUUUAGUGUAAAAAAAUACAUGAAGGAAGUUGAGGUCAAUGGACAUUUAAUUAUUUGUUUGAUACAAUUAUGAAGGGAGUGCUUUGCAGUUGACAUUCGAUUAUAUAUUUUCCAGAUAAACUCACAUCGUUGUUGAAGUGUUUACUGUACAUAACUAAUCUUAAAUGUCCCUGUCGACAAGACGUGUAGCUGAAAUCGAUAAGAAACGACCGUGAAACUGGUGGGAACGUGAUGAGUGUGGUCCCAUCAACGCUACGAGAAGGCAACGUAAUCAUUUCUCCUUCUUACUCCCUCCGUUUCAUAUGUCGUUUCAUAUUGUUCCAACCAUUGACGAAGUUAUCUGGAACCAAAAAGAGAACACGAACUACCGUGUGUGGCGGCUACUACUACAGAGGAGGAAGAGUGGUGGACGAGAACAUGGUGAUCCUUAGGAAACGGAUCCACGAGAGGAAGAUGGUCGAGCGAAACUAUGAACCUCCUUCCCAUUGGAUGCAGUGGGAGAAACGUGUCUACUGCAACUACGACGCUAACAUCUGUGCCGCUCUCUCACUUCUUCAAAAUUUUCUAAUGAAUUCUCGUCCCAGUGUUGCGUUUGGAACGAUGCUUCUCCUCUUCGUUAGCGUCCCCGUCUCCACUACCUUCUUUGCGUUUCGGAUGCUUGACAUCGUUCUUUGGCUUAUGGAUGCCACUCACGUAGGAUGAUCGUGUAUAUGUUUUGCCUUGAUGUGUUACAGUCUCUUAUAAUCAAUAGUUUCUUUUCAAGAAAGUGUUCUGUUUAUAAAAUACUAGACAAUUCAGUUUUUAUCAUUA